CGCGUUUUAGGGAUGCCCUACAACUCGUGUUGCAACAUCUACGCCCGAAGACACUCGUUUCUGAUAACCGUCCUGUCUAAGUAAACUGAAAUGUCAGGUUUGAAGAAAGUGGAAUUAAAUGAAGAAGCCAAAUUAUACAAGAAUGCAAGAGAAAGAGAAAAGUAUGAUAAUAUGGCUGAUCUGUAUGCUGUGAUAAACACAAUUCAGUGUCUUGAAAAGGCAUAUAUCAAAGACUCGGUGACUGCAAAAGAGUAUACAGCUGCUUGUUCUAAAUUGCUUGUUCAAUAUAAAGCAGCCUUCAAGCAAGUUCAGGGAGAAGAAUUUCCCUCUUUGGACACAUUUACCUCAUAUUUCAAACUGGAUUGCCCAGCAGCAAUGGAGAGGAUUAGAGAAGACCGACCUAUUACCAUCAGGGAUGACAAAGGAAACACCAGCAAAUGCAUUGCAGAUAUUGUAUCUUUAUUCAUCACAACGAUGGACAAACUUCGGCUAGAUAUACGUGCCAAUGAUGAAUUGCAGCCAGACCUGCGAGACCUGGCUGAAACUAUGGCAAGACUUAGUCUAGUUCCAGAUGAAUUUGAGGGUAAAGAAAAAGUCAAUCAGUGGCUUCGAACUCUUUUAUCUAUGCAAGCAUCAGAUGAGCUCAGUGAAAGUCAAGUCCGACAAUUACUGUUCGAUCUUGAAACCUCAUAUAACGCUUUUAAUCGUCUUUUGCAUCCUUAGACGACCAUCAGUUUUCAGGUUGAAAUUAUAUAUAAUAUAUAUUUUUUUCUUUUUAAAGGAUAUGUUUGUGUUUUGUUUACGCGGCUUUCAUUAUUAUUAUUUUUUUUUUACGAGUACUUCUUUUUUUACGAGCCUUUCAUAUUGGUAUAUAUAGAUGUAUUACUGUAAUAUCUCACAUACACAAAUAAGCAGAAACAA